UUUAUCAUAAAGACGUGUCUGUUUAUUGCAGCAAAUCAUCAGUAGUGAAUAAUAAAACAUAUAUAAAUAGAAUAAAAAGAUAGGAAUAGGUUUAACAAUUCCUGUAUCAGCUUAUUAAUAAUUAAAGAAAGGCAUGUCAAAACAUGUUAUUACAAAUGUCCGACCACGUCAACAGACCAAACGUGUUUUCGAUCGUUUAAUCAUCGAGCUAUUUUUGUCACACUUUUCAGUCCACAACCCGUGUUAGGAUAUAUACAGAGCUACACUAACACAACAAUGUCAUAAUGUAGGUACAAGAUGUGUUAACUGGUCUUUCUGUUAAAGUGAAACUCACUCACGUUAGGUGUUUUUAUGUUGUUGGGUUUUUAAAAUUAUUAUUCAACCCGUCAGCCCGUCUACACAGGGGACUACGCUGUAUCGCUACAUGUGAUGGAGAUACUGUUGACAUUUCGGAGGUUUUCCCAGCUGACGUGUCUGUUGUUGCUGCUGUACACGUCGGUAACCGUGACGCUAUCGUGGCAGACACUGGUUACUACGUUGGCUUUGCUAGGUUCAAUUUUUCUAUUCGGCGAUACGGAAGCCGCUACAACUAACGACGAAACUGUCAACCCACUGAAAGGAAAACCGCGCUGUCCACUUCUGACGAAGGAGCAGACGAGAAACAUGGAAAACGCGGUUUUUAGAUACGUCACGUACGACGCAGAAAACGCCCAGAGUGUUACAAACAUGGAUCCAAUAAAACGAAACACGGAAUGUAUUUUCGCCAAGACGGCCAGAAUUUGGGGAUCUCCGGAGUGGAAGGAGGAACUGACGCUAGAAGAAAACGUUUAUAGGAUUUUGCCGACGUUUUACCAGUUCACGAUGUUGUGUGAACAGCUUGGCUUGGACAUGUUUGUGUUAGAGUUGCCGGGGAAACUGUACGGCCUUGACAUAGAGAUGUUUGCCAAUGCCUUCCGAAGAACUCUGAAAGUGAUGUCGGACCACGACCCUAAAAAGGUGAAAUGCAUGAACCGAUCUUACGUCGGCAAGAAGGGCUGGGUGUUCGAGUUCAAUCGUCUGACAUUCUUCAUCACUACUUUCGCGCCAUUUUAUCCGCCCACGCAUUCGCGCCACGCGCACGGGUGCGAGCACUGUUACGUCGCAUUCCAGCCAGAGAUCUCAUUUGCUCAGCACGAUCUUCCACCUGACACCCCUGAAACAAAUUGGGAUAACCCAGUGACCGUGAGAGACAAAAUACGAUUGGCCUUCAAGAAUGCUGGACGAGCCUAUCAGAUAAGAGAUACCAUAUAUUAUGCACCGUCAGCUGACAUGAUUAAGCCAAUCGAAAGAGAAGGACGUUUGAUAAAGUGGUGGAAACCCAAAAAGUGAAAGUGAAAUUUGCAGUUUUCAUGGGUUUUUUAAAAAUAUUUUGAGCGAUAUUUUCAGUCAGCGUUAGACGAAAUUAUUUGCAUGAGGUACGCGUGUCGCAGAUUGGCCUCGGUGGUGUAGUGGUUAGGUAAUAAAACUUAAGGCUGUAACGUGUAAGUAGAGGGGUUCGCACACCCCAAUACCAGCUUCCAUACACAGUGAGUUUUAAUCACUUGACCCAAAACGAAGAUGUGAGGUCACUACACCGAAUUAUUUCUCGCUAACGACGAACUUAUAAGCCCUGCCGUGGAUAACACAUUAGCGUACGAGCAAAUCCUCAAAUUCGGGCAAAAAUAGUAGAGAGAUUCGGGUAAAAUGGGCUAACCUGAGUAAUUUUUACCAUGUAUAUAUUUUCAUCAUUCUACCUUCAAAAUUAGUUGUAAUCCAUGUAAUAAUGCGUAGUGAUUCGUUUGUAACCCUUUACAGCUGUUUGUCAGUGAUGCUAAUAUAAAACAAUAAAUGUUCUUAUCCAUAUUCGGACAUUUUCGUUUAAUUCAGGCAAAAAGCAGCCUGCUCCCCCUCCCCUCUCCCUUCAAAAAUGGGAGCCCGUGCGCUUAUGGAUAAACAUCCCAGAUAGCUGAGGUCAGCGUGUUUGAAUUUUACUAGGUCAUUUUAGCACAAACAUCAAGUUAAAAUGGAUGUACAUAAUGUUUAGUUAAAUCUAUUCGUUUUUGUGAAUUGUGCAAUUAUCCACAACAUGGGGCGGGGCGUAGCUCAGUGGUACAGCGCUCGCCUGAUGCGCGAUCGCUCUGGGAUCAAUUCCCGUCAGUGGGCCCAUUGGGCUAUUUCUCGUUCCAGCCAGUGCUCCACAACUGGUGAA